GGCAAUCCUCCACAAGCGCCGACCGGUUGGGAUUACAUCUCACCACCUGGUCCUCUUCCUGUGGACAUCUUGGCCGUUUUCUUGUCUCGCUUGUCUGAUCGUGUCGAGUCAUUCACAAGCGUCUGGGAUUCUUUCUUUGUUCUCUCCCUAUCGGCCUCUGUGUUGUUCUUGUUCGUCUAGCUGUGCUUCCACGAUACCCCUCCUUUUGACAGCAUUUCACCGCUUGCCAAACCCUCCACGGUAACACAAUGCCCAGUGCACAACUCAAACAAAUCCGCUCGGCCGCCGUCGACGGACGCCUCGCCAACCCAAUCUACCGCCAGACGCAGCUCAAGAGCCUCCAUGAUGCCCUGUCCAAAAACACAGCCCGCAUCGAGGCGGCCAUCCGCAACGACAACCCGGACUACCGCCCUGUCGAUGUCCGGCUGGAGACUCGCCUGGCUCUGCGCCUGCUCGGCGAGAUCGCAACGGCCGUGAACCCCGACCAGGCUCUCAAGGACGAAUACUCGAUCGCCCGGGGCCAGGACUUCGCCAGCGGCAGACAGCCAUUUGGUGUCGUCGUCAUCGAGGAGCCCGCCCCUCAUGCGUUCCUGUACAGCUUGACCUCAGCCCUGGCUCCAGCCAUUGCCGAGGGCAACGUUGUCGUCGUGCAGAUGAAGGGCAACUCGCUGCUCGAGACACCGAAGCUGGUCUUUGAGCUCAUCGCGGCUGCGCUGGACAAGGAUGUUUUCGCCGUGGUCCACGAUGCUGUGAGCAGCGAGGACAUCGGCCACAGGAAUCUUCGAGUGGUCCAGAACAGCCCAGCCUCAGACAGCACCGGGCAAACCAUCUUGUCGGAUCCUUCGGCCCACACAGUCGCCAUUGUCGAGCGUGAUGCAGACAUCCAAGCCGCUGCCGACGCUCUGAUUGCUGCUCGGUUCAGCCUGGGCGGCCGCAGCCCGUACGCGCCUGAUCUGGUCCUCGUCAACGAGUGGGUAAAGCGGGACCUCAUCAUUGCCUUGUCUGCCCGCUCUGCUCGCUACCUGACCGACUCCAUCACGGGCCCAGUUGGCAGCAGCAGCAGCAACGGCAAGCAAAAGACCCAGAAGCCCAAGAAGUCGAGCACUGCGAGCAAGGCUGUUGAGGAGGGGUCCGCUACCAUAAUAUCGUCAAACCCCGAGGCCACGAUUGUCGAGGUCAGCGGUCGCGACUCGGUGCUGCUCAAGAGCAAGAUCUCAGAGCCGUGCUUGGUGCUGCACUCGGUGAAGAGCAUCGACGACGCGAUCGACACUGCGCCAAGGCACGGAACCCUCGCAGCAACAUACAUCUUCGCCAAGCCAGAUCCGGCCAAGUACAUUGGCCAAUUCGUCGACUCGAGCAUUGUCUUUGUCAACCAGAUUCCACCACAACUACUCUUCGGUCCGAUCGCGCCUUCAAACUCUCCUUACAACCUCGCCCUCUCCUCUCCUUACACUACAACGCUCUUCUCCGUCCCCAAGCCCCAACACAUGGUCCCGACGCCCCUCUCAGAAACCAUCGCUGCAAUAAUGAGCAACCCGCACUCGACAGCCGUGGUCCUCGAUCCCAAGGCCCUGCCGCCAGUGAAGCGGCUCAAGAACAGGCUCGCGCCGGGUUUCUUCGAGCAAGGUAUCGUGACGGGUGGCUUGCUUCUCCUGAGCGUCGUUCUCUCAUGCACGGGCUGGGUCGGAUAUCUGGCAUUUCGUGCGGCGAAGGGGCGACUCUUCUGAAAAGGGCCCCCCGAUCCUCAUUGGUAAAGGCAUCUGAACAAGCGUGUGUACAUGGAUAGAUAUCACAAUAUUGAUACAGUGACUGCCGCAAAAUAUGUCAAGUGUGCAAAUG